ACCCCGCUCCUCCAUUCAUCAUUGAUCCACUGCAGGACUCACUUCAGGGGGUGUGAAUUAUGGGCCCCUGCUGUCACUGUGACUGCUCUGCGUUGGACAUUUCACCUCGCCACUGUAAAUUUAAACUGGGGAUUACAUUUAGCUGACUACUGAUUUCAAAGCCUUACCUUGACCAGACCACUGGCCGCCCCCCACCUCCCCCCCCCCCCUUCCCCUACCCCGAUAGUGGACAUAAUGCAGUCCGCAAUUGCAGCAUUUGGGAUUUUACAGGGGUCUGAACAAAGCUAACGGGAAGGAAAACGUUUUUUGGAUCCAAAAAAAAAAUCUUCGCCUUUUACGUUUUAAGACAACGGACUUUUUUUCCUGGGGCGAAAAAAAAAAAUCCCUUUUGUAGUGGAUUGGGCGUUUUGUGCGCGCUCGGCACACGGUGAUGCUACGGCGGCGCGCAGGGACCGUAGAGGGAAGAGACAGGUGAGGUGCGGCGGAGGAGCUGCUGUUGUUUCUCGGGCGCUUUGGAUACCGAGACCCCUUUUCUCCCCAGAGAGGAAGAGGAGCGACCGGAGAGGGCGAGUUGGCGACUGGCACCUGCCACCCCACCGCGCCCCCCUCCUCCCCCCUUUACCUGCCCAUCUGGUGCGGUGAGUGUGCCAAACGCAUAUCUGUGUUGCUGCCAUGGCGACCAUGGCUCCGCCCCUCACAUUUCUUCUCCUGCUGCUUCAACUGGCGGAUGGCUCAUUCCCAGAGGAACCCAGUCCCCUCAGCUACGUCCCUGUAGAGGUUGUUCGGAGGUAUCCAGUGUUCUUGGGCAGAGCUCAUCGUUCAGCUCAGAGACAGGAUCUGCACAUCCAGACGGUCCUCCAAGUCAACCGCACUCUCUACAUUGGUGCCAGAGAUGACUUGUACAGAGUGGAGUUGGAUAACAUGGCAGGGGAUGAGAUGUUCUACAGCAAGAAACGAACGUGGGAAUCCAAUAAGAACGACAUUCGAGUGUGCCGGAUGAAGGGCAAACACGAGGAAGAGUGCCGUAAUUUCAUCAAGGUUUUGCUCAGCCAGCACGGCGGCCUGUUUGUAUGUGGAACCAACGCCUUCAACCCGCUGUGUGCCAACUACACUAAGGACACUCUGGAGAUGGUGGGGGAGCCUGUGAGUGGGAUGGCCCGGUGCCCGUACGACCCGCGGCACGCCAACGUGGCUCUGUUCGCAGAUGGAAGUCUCUUUACUGGCACUGUGACAGACUUCCUGGCCAUCGAUGCGGUCAUAUAUCGCAGUCUCGGCGACAGCCCCGCCCUCCGCACAGUCAAACAUGACUCCAAAUGGUUCAGAGAGCCCUACUUUGUGAGCUCCAUGGAGUGGGGGCCACAUAUUUAUUUCUUCUUCCGAGAGAUGGCCAUGGAGUUUCAUCAUCUCGAGAAGGUGAUGGUGUCUCGAGUAGCUCGUGUGUGUAAAGCAGACCUGGGUGGCUCUCAGCGCGUCCUCGAGAAACAGUGGACCACUUUUCUGAAGGCGCGGCUCAACUGCUCCGUGCCGGGAGAUUCACACUUUUACUUCAACCUCUUGCACGCGACAAGCAACAUCAUCCACAUGCACGGGCGGGACGUCAUCCUGGGCCUCUUUUCCACUCCGCCGAACAGCAUCCCCGGCUCGGCGGUGUGCGUGUUCGACAUGCAGCAGCUCGCUCACGUCUUUGAGGGCCGGUUUAAAGAGCAGAAAUCCCCCGAGUCUAUUUGGACACCUGUGCCGGACGAAGCUGUGCCUAAACCGAGACCAGGAGGAUGUGCAGUGCAGGGGUCCAGAUUCAGCUCCUCCACCACGCUGCCGGACGAGGUGCUGAACUUCGUGAAGACCCACCCGCUGAUGGACGACACCGUGCCGCUCCUGGGGCACAGACCUUGGGUGGUCAAGACCAUGGGGCGGUACCAGCUGACAGCCAUGGUGGUGGACACCGAAGCUGGUCCCCAUAAGAACCGUACCGUCUUGUUCCUGGGCUCCACCCGAGGGUCCGUCCUGAAGUUUCUGAUGAUUUCCAGCGGAGAUUCGUUCUCCCACAGCAGUGUGUUUCUGGAGGAGGUAGAAGGAUUUAACCCAGAGAAGUGUGGCGAGGACUCUCCUCAGGCCCGUCAGCUCUUGUCCCUGUCAUUGGACCGGUCCAGUCACACUCUGCUGCUGGCCUUCCCCUCCUGUCUGGUGCGAGUGCCCACGUCUCGCUGCCACCUGCACUCACGCUGCAUGAAGAGUUGUCUGGCCUCCAGGGACCCGUACUGUGGCUGGACCAGAGGCAGCACCUGCUCCUUCCUGAGACCAGGCACACGGCUGCCCUUUCAACAAGAUGUGGAAUAUGGAAACACCACCUCUCAUCUAGGAGACUGCGAUGGAAUUCUGCAGCAGAGUUUGCUUAUUGAACCAGAGAGCUUGGUCUCCCUCAACCUGCUGGUGGCGUCUGCAGUAUCCGCGUUCACCAUCGGGGCGGCGCUCUCCGGCCUCGCCGUCUGCUGGAUCAUGGCCCACAAACCCACCAACCGUCGCCACGGCAACACCACCCAGUCCUCGAUCCAGCGGCGCGAAAGAGGCCUGCUGGCUAACGGCGGCGGGAUGGGAGGCUCCGUGCUCAGCGUGACCCGGCAGGGAGGCGGGGACCGCCCCUGCACUCAGGGCGGGGAAACCCUGUUUGUCAUGCCCAACGGCUGGGUGAAGUCAGGGGAGCUCGACCCGGGUUUCCUGCCGACGCCGGAGCACACGCCCCAGCAGAAACGCAGAGGCCUGCGACUGUCUGACUCCAACUCCGGAGGGUGGGACACCAGCCAGACGUACCUAGGCGGAGGCUCUGUUGGCCUGGGCUCUCCCUGCCGCAUCCCCCCCACCGUCUACCUGACCACCAGACUCUUCCAGCAGGGGGGAGGCGGGAGACAUGGCGGAGAGAGCCGUGGAAACGACACGCCACGCCAGCACUACGUCUGCCUGAGCAAGCUGGAAAAGGGGGUGAAGGGGACGCCCAAAGCCCCUCUCCGCAAGUCUGCUGGAGAAUACGUGUACCCCAUGACCCCCCAGGACUCGCCCGAGCGCCGGAGGGUGGUUUCAGCACCCAGCGCCCCCGUGGAGUAUGGCGAGCCGCUGCCUCUGCGCUGGCCAGCCCCGGAGGGAUACAUCCUGAGCAGCCACGGCAUGGUCCCCGUCCCCCUGCCUCCACCCUCCAUGCCCGCUCCCAGUGGCCAGGCUUACAUGUCCCAGCAACACGCCCCCGGGCUGAGCAGGGCUCUGCUGAGAGGAGCCCUGGAGCGAGGGGAGCUGGGCGAGCUGGUGGAUCUCAGCCAGCUGAUGAGUAAGAAGAACUGCGGCGAUAGGACUCAGACCGGCCAGUGACUGCCGAGGAAAUGAAGAGGACGGGAGCGUUUCCACGUCUGGAUCUCUCUUCUUUUCUCAUCCUGUCCGGUCCACUCUCCCUUCAAUCCCUCCCCCCUCCCCCCCCCGCAUCUUUAUUUGACACUCCGCCCCACUGAGCUCCCUCUGUCAGUCUUUCAGGCCCCACUUGUACCCCGGGAGGAGCCUCUCUUUGUGACUGGCUGCAGGGUCUGCCACUCACAUCCUGGCUCACACUAAUUGGUCAGAUGGACUGAGGUUGUUGCUGUGUCUGCAUUGCAGAGUCGCCUCUCUCUCUCCUGCUAGUCAGCGGCAGCAGGAUGAGGGAUGAGAAAGAAAGUAAAACACCCAAAAGGGGUUUUGGGCAGAGACAACAGAGACAAAGUUGGACAUUGCACUUGGAGGCGGCCUUUUCUCUGCAGACCCAGUGGAUCUGCAGAGCCAGGAAGAUACUGCGAUAGAAGCGUGAUUCCUUUUCCCUCUUUGAUAGGACCACCACCCGUCUGUUCCCCGCCCUAUCACCUGUUGGUUUGGUUCUCAGCCAGCUACUUGAGCUGAAACUGUAAAACUGGGAGGUGACUCAUCAGACAGAGAAACUGACAAGUCUGAUGGAUGAUGACAAAACACAUAAAAUAACUGGGUUUCCCUCUCUCUCUCUCUCUCUCUCUCUCCCCGUCCUCUUUGCUUCACACAUACAGUAGACGCAUACAUGUUUUUAUGCAGGGCGACUGAGGGUAUUUAGUAUUCAACGUGUACGAGACGCAGGACAUGUGUGACAAAUGCCCCGGACCUGUUUCACGGGGAAACGGGACCAUAACUCACGUCUUUGGAGAGCACAGGGCAGGACUGAAUUGUCAGCAGUAUUUUUGCCAACCGCACGCUCUCUGUAAUGACGGCAUCUCAGCCCUCCGUGGAGCUGUUCCUUUGCUUCCGUUUGCGCCAUGGGCUCUUAAAUGACCAAUUAUUCCACGAGGACGUCUGGGGAGACUUUAAUGCACACCAACACUGGACUAACUUGUGUUGGGGCUGGGCAGAGAGGAAGAAAGAGAGUGAUCUGAAGUAAAUGCACUGUAAUAUACGGACACCUUGUCCUUCCCAGUCACACACACACACAUUCAUUCAAGCUGAAUUAGAGAACACAGUCUGGUUUUAUUGGGCAACAUUUUCUGCGAAGCCCACAGAGGGUCAAGGUCCCACAGACGUGAUAGGGAACAAAGUGACAGUUACAGCGGGGAUGAUGGAAACCUUUGGCCUCACUCAAAGCCAAUAGGGGGAAUGGACACGUUCCCAGCAGGCAAAUGGGCCAAUAUAUUCGGCCCGUCAGAGUGUCCAGUACCACAAAAUGGUCUGCGUUUAGAUCAACACAAAAAAAGAAACAAGAUACAGAAGCAAAAAGCAAUUAUCUUUAUAAAACAAAUGGAAAAUUGUGAAUUUGUUAGAAAACUGACAGACUUGGUUUUAACGCUCAGCCCCAGUCACUAAUGAGCCAGUGGUUGCUGCUUUGUGCUGGUGAGCAGCAAUACAUGGUUUGUGUGUACAUAGUAAACUUUCAUUUAGAUUAAACUCAUAAUGUAAGAUAUACAGUGACUCCAAAAUAAUGAUAUCAGGCAUAAAUAAACAUGUAUCAUCACGUCAUUAUUGCUUCAAGUCUGAAAAUCUGAAACUUUCAUAUCGACACACUUCAAAAUUGAAAUCACAAAGAUAAUAGAUGUGUUUUACAUCUAUUAUCAAACACUAUGAAUGAUUUACUGAUGCCUGAUACUAAAGCAAAAAAAAAGAAAGAGAAAAACGUUUUUUAAGUGCCAUAAAGACCAUUUCAGUCAGCAGUGCACCUUGUGUACUGUGGUCCCGGAGAACUCACUUAUUGCAGUAUACUUGUGAUACAUAUGCCUUUGACCUUUACAUGCUGAAUGUUAUACAUUAUUUUUUUAUUUCAAUGUCGACUCGUACUGUUGAAAUACUUUCUUCCAGCUCCCCCUGUCUGUCUGGAUGCUACUGACACUGAAUGCUACCAGAGGUGUUUGAGGGUCUGUUUAUGAGCUACUUUCAUGUCACACUCACGUGUACUGUAAAUAUCUAACAAUGAAUGCAGACUUUUUGUCAUGCCCUUAAUGAUUAUACUGUAUUGCCUUCACUGAUGCCAUGACAUUUUAUUCCGAUAAGUAAUAAUUAUUAUUUAUAAGUAGUUCCUAACCAAACCUUCAAAUGUACUGAAAUGCUGUGAGGGGACCUUGAGUUUCUCAUUUCGUGUCACAUCUGUGCUGAUCCUGGGCUUUUUCUGGCGUGUUCUGUAUUCUAGUGAUUGUCUGUCUGUCAACUGCCACACUGGAGGAUCUUGAAAAUACUAGUAAUCAUUGUGAGUGAACGAAUGUCCUCAUCUUCUUUCUGUUUGUACUGUGCGGUAUUAAGGAAAAGCACAAAAACGUUUCUGUUGGUUUUGCAUUUUGAAAAGGAGCUGUUCUGUAUCAUUUGUGAAUAGUGUAAAUAACCAUCUGUAGGUCUAGUGUUUCAGUUUUAGGGGGGGGGAUCCUUCUGAGACAGGACUGUAUUUGAAGUGUGAGGUUUUGUUUCAUUUAUUGGUUUUCUUUUGGUGACAAUGCUGUGAAUAAGAUGUAUGUACAGUAUUUACGUGACUCUGGCUGAAUGCUGAGUUCAGCUCUUUCUGUUAUUAGAGUAGAGUCGCAGGCCUGACCUCAGCCAGAAUUGAGCCUCCUCAUUUGACUGAUGCCUGCCGAGUUUUUUGCAGUUGCUAAGAGACUGCUGUUAUAAUAACCAUCAAUCUUUGGAGUACCGCAAUUAAAUGGCAUUAUAUAAUUGACUGCUAA